AUGUCUACGAUGCACCGUGUAGCAAUUCUCGAUGACUAUCAGGGUGUCGCCUUGACCUGUGCUGAUUGGUCUUCAAUCAUUGACCGACUGGAAGUGGAUGUUUUCCAUGAUACCCUCCAUGAUGAGGAUAGCUUGGUGGAGAGGCUCAAAUCCUAUGAGAUUGUGUGUGCAAUGCGUGAGCGCACCAAAUUCACCUCCUCUUUGUUGGACAGGUUACCUAAUUUGAGAUUCAUCGCAACGACUGGUUCCAUAAACAGAGGCAUCGAUGUGCAUCAUGCAAAGACCAAAGGAAUGCCUGUCUCUGGCACCAGUCAAGGGGGGAACUCGACUGUGGAACACAUAUGGGCUUUGAUUAUGGCCGUUUCCCGUCAGAUCGUUAAAGAACAUAACAACAUCCGGGAUAACAAUUCCCAAUGGCAAACCUUGGUUCCACUUGGCUUACGAGGAAAAACACUUGGUCUGAUUGGCGUUGGGAGACUGGGAAAAGAUAUCUCGAAGAUAGCGAAAGUUUUCGGGAUGACAACUUUAGGAUGGAGUCCCAACCUAACGCCAGACCGUGCCGCUGAGGCAGGUGUUACUUUUUGCGAGACAAAGGAGCAGCUCUUGAAAGCAAGUGAUAUCGUGUCGCUUCAUCUCGUGCUUUCCGAAACAACAAAGGGCCUCAUCAAUGUCGAUGAUCUCGAAUUAAUGAAAAAAACUGCGUUCUUUAUCAACACCUCCAGAGGUCCACUUGUGGACGAAGAUGGACUUAUUGAGGCACUAAAGAAUGGUGAGAUUGCUGGGGCUGGGCUGGACGUCUUUGAUCAGGAGCCGCUUCCACUGAAUCAUCCUCUACGCACGCUGGACAAUGUAACUUUGAGCCCGCAUAACGCAUAUGUCAACGAUACCAACUAUGAGACGUUUUGGAAAGAGACGGUGGAAAACAUUGGGAGCUACCUAGAUGGAAAUCCCCAAAGACUUUUAUAA